ACUUUUGGAUCUGUAAAGUUUUAUCCAAGUCCCAAUACAUUUUAUGAGGUGAUGAUGACGUAACCGGAAGAGAAAAUACACAACAAAGAUGGCGGCCACCAUGGAGGCAGCACCGUCCAAACCACACGUGGGUAAAAAGGGAAAGCCCCCGAAGCGUUAUUGGGAUAACCCAACGGAGGAUGGUGAAAAUAGUCACGUCAACAAGAAGAAUCGGCAAGAUGGAGAAAGUGACUCGGAACAAGAAAACAUCACAGAGGUCUCUCCUACCAAGGAAUUGGAUACGGAGAAGCGAAAGAAGACUUCUCGACAAAGCAAGAAAAAUCGAAUCUCGGGGGUAAAAGACCCUUUCCCGGGAGAAGCGCCAAUCCCCAAAGAGCGGCUAAAGAAGUUUCAGAGAGGAGAGAAGUCCAAAGUGACGUCUGGUUUGAGGUCAAAGUUAAGAGAGGCCAUAAAACGUUCAGAGGCAGAAUCAGAGCUUGCUCAAAAACAAGCAGCCAGAUUUGACCUCUUGCUCCCAGAGGACGCAGGUUUCCUAGAGGGAGAUGAGGAUGAGGAUACCUGCACCAUCUCUCAGGACGACAUCGCAGAUGCUGUGGACAUCACUGCAGGAGCCAAGUAUUUCAACCUGAACCUAUCCCAGUUUGGUCCAUACAGACUUGACUAUACCAAAGCUGGCAGGCAUCUCAUCUUGGGAGGGAAACGAGGUCAUGUGACCUGCAUAGAGUGGCAAUCGAAACGAUUGGUGUCAGAAAUAAAUGUCAUGGAAACGGUCAACGACGUAAAGUGGCUGCACAAUGAAGAUAUGUUUGCUGUGGCUCAGAAAAAGUGGCUGCACAUAUACGACUCCAAUGGGGUUGAGCUUCACUGUAUUCGCAAGUUUAAUGACGUUCUCACAAUGGAGUUUCUGCCAUACCACUUUCUGCUGGCAACGGCGAGUGCCUCAGGGUUCCUGCAGUAUCUGGACGUGUCUGUGGGGAAGGAGGUGGCAUGCACCAAUGCCAAGAUGGGUCGGCUUGGCGUGAUGGCCCAAAACCCUCAGAACGCCAUCAUCCACAUGGGCCAUCCCAAUGGCAUCGUCAGCCUCUGGUCUCCCAAUCAGAAGGAGCCACUCGUCAAGAUGCUUUGUCACCAGGGUGCGGUCCGCUCAGUAGCCGUGGACAAGACCGGGACGUACAUGGUGACGUCUGGUUUGGACAAGAAGCUGAAGGUGUACGACAUCAGAGCCUUCAAGCCUCUGCAGUCCUACUUCCUGCCAGCAGGGGCCGCUUGUCUGUCCCUCAGUCAGCGAGGACUGCUGGCUGCUGCAACAGGAGACAUUGUUCAGGUAUACAGGGAUGUGUUGGGGGCGCCGGUGACCAAGCCCUACAUGGCCCAUCGUGUGAGGGGCGGAAUCACAGGCUUGAAGUACUGCCCACAUGAGGACGUUCUGGGAGUAGGACACUCCGAUGGAUUCACUAGCAUGAUCAUACCAGGUGCGGGCGAGCCCAACUUCGACGCCAUGGAUGUGAACCCAGUGAGCAGCUCGAAGCAGCGGCGCGAGUGGGAGGUCAAGGCUCUGCUGGAGAAGGUCCAGCCCGAGCUCAUCUGCCUGGACCCCACGGAGCUGGGCAGAGUGGACCACGCCUCCUGGCAGCAGAGGCACGAGGAGCGCGUCAAGACCCUGGGUUAUGACCCAUUGGCUCAGGAGAAGUUCAAACCCCGGAAUAGGAAGAAGGGCCGAAGCUCAAGUGGCGCUGUGGAAAAGAGGAAGAAGAAGGUUGCUCAUGAAGAUCAGAGGGAGGUGAUUCGGAAAACGGUGGAGGAGAAUUUGGGGAAGCAGAAGGAGCUGAAGGAGAAGGAAAAGGUCACUCUGGCUGCUGAAGGACCGAGAUCAGCACUGGACAGGUUUAAAAAGUGAGCGAUGGCAAUGCUGAAGAGAGAUGAGACCUGUGAGAGCCUUACGGGUGAGGAGAUUCAGCCCAUCAUGUGUUUCAGUCCCUGGGCUGUUGGACUAAAAUGGACAAAAAAAAAAGACAUUGACAGCGAAAUACAGACGCAUUUACAAAUUUGACUUGUGUGUGUUUGUAAUGGAAGGAAUUGUGUUGAUGGCAGAGAAACACCUAGGGAAACCAGCAAUGUACAAAACGUGCAGUUAGUUUCUGAAAUAUAGUGCUGUACUUUCUAUGAAAAGCUUCUACAUGAAACCAAUAAAAACCUUCCAAUGUUGUAUGGGUAGGAGAGUCAUGGAACUAAACAAAGUAAACAGUCAGCAAAGUUAGUGUCUGUAGCUGAUGACAUUGUUUUGUAUUUUUGUAUUUUUUUUUAACAUUGUUUGGCUUUAUGAGUAUCUGAAGAGCUGUUUGUCAACGCUCAUAAAAACAAAUUUUAAAGUGAA